ACGUUUUUAUCAAGAAAAGUAAACAUAAAUAAAAAAUGGCGACCAACAAGAAAUCCUUUCGCUUUGAACUCCUUCUCAAGACCAGCCAUGGCUGAUAUGUUGUCCUCUGUGAACGAGGCUCUCAUCGAGCUGGACAGUAAGUCCGACUUGAAAGGAUCUCUCCGUGAGAUUACUAUCACCGGAGCUAGGGAAUUCGAGCUCGGUAGUAGAAAGCCUCUGGUGAUCUUCGUUCCCGUGCCUUUGUGGAGAACUCUUCAACGUGUUCAUACCAGACUGGUCCGCGAGUUGGAAAAGAAAUUCAGCCGCCAUGUCAUCUUCCUUGCCCAGCGGAGGAUUUUGGCUAAGCCUACCCGCCGAUCCCGUCAGAAGCAGCUCCGGCCACGCAGCCGCACCCUGACCCAUGUCCACGACUCCAUCCUGGAGGAUCUGGUGUACCCCGCUGAGAUUGUCGGACGCCGCACUCGUGUCAAGCUGGAUGGUAGCCAUCUUAUCAAAGUUCACCUUGACAAGGCCCAGCAGACCAACAUCGAGCACAAGCUGGAGACCUUCACCGGCGUCUACAAGAGGCUCACUGGCAAGGAUGUUACCUUUGAGUUCCCUGCUCUAGAAUAGAGAGUUCAUACUAAACAUCACCGCAAGGCUUUUAUUCUCUUCUCUCUCAUCACCAUCAUUGGGAAAUACAACGGCUGUUGUGCGAA